CAUGAAUGACACGGUUCUGCAUUGCUGGGCUUCUUUGGUGGCAAUGUUCUUUGUUGCGGGUCUGGGUUCGAGUCACCCAGUGACAGGGAGUUCCUCCAACCAAGAACUUCAGUCCUUAGAGGACCUCCUCCAACGGCUAAAGGAGAAAUUCGAGUUGGGAGAACUAGGGCUCCUGGAUUAUGGGGAAGUAGACGUUGAGGCUGACGGCACCGAACCCGAACCCGAACCCGAACCCAGGACCCUUCUUCCCAGUCCACUCCGACCUCAGCUCCAUUUCUCCGAGGCGGAGAUAGAGGAGCAAUGGAGGAAAUUCUUCGCCUCGCCCAAGCGGAGGAGGUAUUUUUCUGGGUGCUUUGGAACCAGGCUGGAACGGAUCGGGACCCAGACGGGACUCGGGUGCAACUUCUCCAAAGGACGUUCAUGGAGAAAGCGCAGAAGCUGAAGGUAUAUAUUUCCAAGGACUACCCCAA